UCCUGUUAAACGACGUUGUGGAUGAGCCAGGUAUUUCCGUUUGGCUGUGUUGUUCUUAUUCAUUCCUUUCUUUCUUUCGAUUCUAAACACAGUAGCGACUUUACUAUCCGCUCCUUCGAGAUAUUUCUUAAUAAUGUUGUCCAAGGCUAUUGCCGUCCUGGCGGCGGCGACGUUGACGUCGGCCGCUACGCCCAUGGGCUUUAUGCCCCAGUCAAACACUCCCCUAAUUGUUUCUUACGGAGGCAUCUCGGCACUGGAUGGCGUGAACUUGCCUAGGGAUUCUAGUCAGACGCAACCAACAAUUGCGACCGAGCAGCAGCUUAAGGGCCAGUAUGCGGUGAUAAUGGUGGAUAUCGACGUCCCGACCAACCAACCUCCCAAGACCGGAACUCUCCUCCACUGGAUGCAGACCGGCCUCAUGUCUGCCGAUACCCCGACGACGCUCAACACGACCGCUGGGCCCAAGAAGGUGUUCCUCAUGCAGAACAAGAUGAACGCAGCCGCUCUGGCGCCGUACAUUGGUCCCAACCCGCCCGCGAGAGAGCCCCUCAGCCAUCGAUACACCUUUGUCGCGGUCGACCACACGAUGAUUACGCAGCAAGGCCUGAUGGCCCUCUCCGGCGCGGCGCAGAGCCGUCGCGACUUCAACGUCAUGAACGGCCUCAUGGCGGCCGGUCUUUCGGACAAGGUCGUCGCUGGCAACUUCUUCCGCGUUACGAACGCCGGACCCGUUGGUGCUGGUCAAGGAACUGGUGGUGGAGGUGGCCGCGGUAACAGCACCGGUGGUGGAGGCGGCAUGCAGCCUAACCCGAUGCCGAUGCCCGCCCCUGCACCUCCUGCUGGAACCCCGACUACCCCCGGUGGUGGUGGAAUGCCCGGUAUGCCCAACAUGCCCGGCAUGAGCAUGGCUCCUGGUAUGACGAUGCCCAUGCCCGGUAUGCCCGGUGCCAGCGCGCCUCCCGUUGGUGGUGCUCAGCCGUCAAACCCUGCCCGCGCCAGCGGUCUCAGUCUCGCUCCCAGUCUCGGCAUCAUGACCAUGGGUCUCUGCCUCGUCGGUUCCCUGUUCAUCUUCAUGUAACCUUCAUAGGUCGUUACGGGCACAGGGAUUGGCCCAGUUUGGGGAGUUUUGGUUACACCUGCUGAAAAGGCCAGAAGAUGUUUUUCAUUCUUAUCCUGGCUGCCGCUGUAGGCUAUUUGUCGAGGGAUGCCAUUCGUAUAUAGGGUAGAGCAGCAUGCCAAUACAACAGCUAAGACGCGGCCACGUUGCGUUCCGUUCACUUUGUAGUUGUGAUUAGCUCGUGUUAUUGAUGUUUGAUACCCCAUUACUCCGGACAAACAUCCUGGUAAUAGCUCGCUCGCCAGCAGCACAUCCCUACCUGUGGAU